GAGUAAGAGUGAGUUUGUUGUAGGAGUGGUUGGGGGAGGAGUGAGGAUGGAUGGGCCGGUGCCCCUAAACGACGACGUUGUGGAAAAGGAAGUGGUUUUCGAGCAGUGCAUGACGAGGACUCUGCCUCCAGCACUGACAUUGGAAGAGGGACUUGAGAAAUUGAAGGAGGCUCUUCAAUUGUUGAAGGUGUCGCGUCCUCUCUCUUCCACUGGUUUCCUUCGCUUUCAGGUGGCCGUGCCUCCCAGCUCUAAGGCCUUCUCCUUGUUUUGCUCUCAACCUCAGUCUUCGCCAGUGUUUCCUCUCAUUUUUGUUUCCAAGACCAACGCCGACUCUAAGUCAAUCUAUGUCAGUGGAGGCCGAGGAGUUUUUGGCAUUGGUGUUGCUGUUUCUUUUGCCUCUCCCAACCCCACUUUCAUCAAAAGAUACAUCUCAACUGAUUCAACCCAUUUAGUGGCUUAUGGUUUUAUGGAUGUUAAUUUGGAUAAUGAUCCGGUUUCUGUGACUCAUGAGGAGGGUUCUUUUUGCUUUUUCAUCCCUCAGAUUGAGUUGGAUGAGCUGGAAAGUGUUUCCAUUCUAACAAUGACACUUGCAUGGGAUGACUUUUCCCUCUCUACUUUUGAAGAAGCUCAUUAUUUGCUUGAAGUUUCUCUAAACCAGGUUAUGUGCCAUGUCUGGUCCACUAUUGACACAUGGAAAUCCAAAUGCAUAAGAGCUGCUCUCAGAAGACUCAAUUUGAUAGAAGAUAGAUCUAUAUCAAGGGUCUACAUGAGCACAAUUGCAUCAGGAGGAAGGGAAAGUGUAGGCAACAUCAUGGAACUGAAAGAGUCUCCAUCUUCCAGUCAAUUUUGUGUCAGGCUCUCAGCAGCCCUUGCGGUUUCAAAUAACAUGUUGGAUCAUACCAGUGAAUUAUCGCACUCACUGAAUGGAAGUCCAAACUUCAACGCUGUAUGGGCAACACUUAUUGUUGAAGAGUGCACCAGACUUGGUUUGAUGUAUUUCUGCAUUGCUCCUGGAUCUAGAUCUUCCCCACUUGCUGUUGCUGCUGCAAGUCACAAAUUAAUCACAUGCAUUUCAUGCCUUGAUGAGCGUUCACUUGCAUUUCAUGCUGUGGGAUAUGGAAAAGGAUCUAGCAUUCCAGCAGUAGUCAUAACAUCAUCAGGCACUGCCGUUUCCAACCUUCUUCCGGCUGUUGUGGAGGCAAGUCAAGAUUUUGUGCCACUUAUUUUGCUUACAGCAGAUCGACCUCCAGAGCUUCUGGAUUGUGGGGCAAACCAAGCUAUUGAUCAGGUGAAUCAUUUUGGUUCUUUUGUGAGAUUUUUCUUUAAUCUCCCUACACCCACAGAUGAAAUUCCUGCAAAGAUGGUACUUACUACUCUUGAUUCUGCUGUACAUUGGGCAACAAGUUCACCGUGUGGUCCUGUGCACAUAAACUGCCCUUUCAGAGAGCCUUUGGAAGGCAAUCCCUGCAAAUGGUCAAGAAGCUUUUUAAAGGGAUUAGACUACUGGAUGACUAAUGCUGAACCAUUUACCAAGUAUAUUCAUAUGCAAUUGUCUCAUACUUGUAUAAAUGCUCCUGGAGAAAUGGUUGAAGUUUUAAACCUGAUUCUAAGAGCCAAAAAUAGUCUUCUAUUAUUUGGUGCUAUCCAUACUGAGGAUGAGAUGUGGGCUGCUUUGCUUUUGGCUAAACACCUCCAGUGGCCUGUUGUGGCAGAUAUCUUGUCAGGGUUGCGAUUGAGAAAGCUUUUAACUUCUUUUCCUGAAAUUGAUCGGAAUUUCAUAUUUGUUGAUAAUCUUGAUCAUGCUCUUCCCUCAGAUUCUGUCAAGGACUGGUUACAGAUUGAUGUGGUUAUUCAGAUAGGAAGCAGGAUAACUAGCAAAAGAAUCUACCAAGUUCUUGAGGAGUGUGCUCCUUUUUCAUAUAUUAUGGUUGACAAGCAUCCACAUCGUCAUGAUCCAUCACAUAUUGUAACUCAUCGGAUACAAACUUCCAUUUUUGAAUUUGUGGGCUGUAUACUUAAGGCUGUCGUUCCACAUACAAGGAGCAUGUGGAGCACUUCCCUUCAAUUGUUGAGUAAAAUGGUUGAAUGGCAGAUACAAUUUCAAAUUACUGCUGAGUGUUCGCUAACUGAACCUUAUGUUGCACAUGUGAUGUCCAAAGCUCUUUCCUCUGAGUCUGCUCUUUUUCUCGGUAACAGUAUGCCUAUUCGUGAUGCAAAUAUGUAUGGAUGUAGUUGGUCCAUACACAAUAGUGUUUCAUCAUUCAUGUUAAAUUCAGACCUGCCAAUCAACUUGAUGAGGGUGGCUGCUAACAGGGGUGCAAGUGGUAUUGAUGGGUUACUGAGCACAGCCAUUGGUUUUUCUGUAGGAUGCAACAAAAAGGUCUUUUGUGUAAUUGGAGAUAUCUCUUUACUGCAUGAUACAAAUGGUUUGACAAUUUUGAACCAGAGGAAAUUGCGGAAACCAAUGACAAUUCUUGUGGUUAAUAAUCAUGGAGGUGCAAUUUUCAGUUUUCUCCCUUUGGCAGAUAAAGUUGAACCCUGUAUACUGCAUCAAUAUUUUUACACCGCUCAUAACAUUUCGAUUCGUGCGCUAUGCAUGGCACAUGGUAUCAAACAUUUACAUGUGAAGACAAAGGUAGAACUUGAAGAAGCUUUGUGUGUAGCUCAACAUGAACGGCUGGAUUGUAUGGUUGAAAUUGAGAGUUCCAUUGAUGCCAAUGCUAGCUUUCACAGCAUUUUGAAAAAAAUUGCUCUCCAAACUGCUCAACACACCAUAAGAUUCCUCUCAGUGAUUUUCAGUCAAGGCUCUAUAAAGGAUGACUUUUGUUUAUACAAAAUUUCUAAAAUACACUGCUUAAAAUAUAGAAUUGCACUAAGUGCUCCUCUAACAUCUGCAUCUAUUGAUGAUAGUUGUAAGGAAUUCUAUAGAGAAGGAUUUAUUUUUUCUUUAAUUCUUGAAGAUGGAAGUGUUGGUUAUGGUGAGGUUGCACCUCUUGAGAUCCACAAGGAAAAUCUGGUAGAUGCGGAGCAUCAACUCAGGUUUCUUAUACAUGUCAUGCAACAGGUUGAUAUUAGUUGCUUCCUCUCUCUAUUGAAGGGUUCAUUUUCAAAUUGGAUAUGGAGUGAGUUGGGCAUCUUGCCAUCUUCUAUUUUUCCCAGUGUCAGAUGUGGUCUGGAAAUGGCUAUCCUCAAUGCCAUUGCUGAUGUAAAAGGCACCAACAUGUUGAACAUACUCCAUCCCCCAACAAAUGAGAACAAUAAAUGUGAAAGGUCAUUAAAUGUUCAGAUUUGUGCACUAAUUGAUUCAAAUGGGUCUCCAACUGAAGUAGCUAAUGUUGCUGCCUCAUUAAUUGCGGAAGGAUUUUCUGCUAUUAAGCUGAAGGUAGCACGUGGGGGUGAUCCAAUAAAGGAUGCGUCAUUAAUACAAGAAGUGCGAAAGAAAGUUGGUUGCCACAUUAUCAUCCGAGCAGAUGCUAAUCGAAACUGGACUUAUGAAGAAGCUAUAAAAUUCAGCUCUUUGGUUAAGGAUUGUAACCUGCAGUAUAUUGAGGAACCUGUUCAGCAUGAAGAUGAUAUUCUCAAGUUUUGUGAAGAAAGUGGCUUACCUGUUGCGCUAGAUGAAACCAUAGAUAAAAUUCAAGAAAAUCCCAUGGAAAAGCUAGUGAAGUUUACUCAUCCAGCAAUAGCUGCUGUUGUGAUUAAACCAAGUGUUGUUGGUGGAUUUGAGAAUGCAGCAUUAAUUGCGCAGUGGGCUCACCAGCUAGGGAAGAUGGCUGUUGUUAGUGCUGCAUUUGAAAGCAGUCUUAGUCUGUCUGCAUAUACUCAGUUUUCUAGUUAUCUAGAAAUACUGAGUUCAAAUACAUUCAAAAUGUUAGAUAAUAUAGCAGCACCUAUUGUAGCUCAUGGUCUAGGAACAUAUCGUUGGCUUAAAGAAGAUGUAGCACCAAAUCCUCUUUUGAUUUGUCGUAAUCCCCAUAGUGGUUUUAUUGAAGCAUCUGUGGUGAAUGCUAGUCAAUUUGUACAUGAUUUUCAAGUCAACCAGAAUGUAAUCUCUAACGUUAUUGUUGAGGAGCCAGUUCGUCAGUACCAAUUCAAGGUAGACCUUGACAAUUUGUCUUGUUUAUUUGAAGUUCGUGAAACAGGGCCUAAAACAAAUGAUAAUGUACUGGUAUUUCUUCAUGGUUUUCUUGGAACUGGUGAAGAUUGGAUUAGUAUCAUGAAGACCUUUUCUGGUUCAGCAAGAUGCAUUUCAGUUGACCUUCCUGGUCAUGGAAAAUCGAUAUUAAAUGGUGCAAAGGGUGCUGGUGAGGAACCAUGGUUGUCACUGGAAAUAAUUGCUGCUAUAUUGCAUAAAUUAAUUUACCUUAUAGCUCCAGCAAAAGUUACACUCGUUGGGUAUUCAAUGGGAGCAAGAAUUGCAUUGUAUAUGGCACUGAAAUUUAGCACUAAGACAAAAGGAGCUGUAUUAAUAUCUGGAAGCCCUGGAUUAAAAGAUAAAUUAUCAAGAAAAAUUCGUGCAGCUAAAGAUGAUUCUAGAGCUCGCACAGUUGUUGCACAUGGUUUACAACUUUUCCUGAGUUCCUGGUAUGCAGGACGGCUGUGGAAAAGCUUAAGGAGUCAUCCUCAUUUCAAUCAAAUCAUUGCUUGUCGCUUGAAGCAUGAUGACAUGCAGAAUCUUGCACAGAUGCUGUCCGGAUUAAGCAUAGGAAGGCAACCGUCAUUGUGGGAAGAUUUGCCAUAUUGUAGAAUACCCCUUCUUAUCAUGCAUGGAGAGAAGGAUACAAAAUUUAAGAUAAUUGCCCGAGAAAUGAUUAAUGCAUUAUGCUCUGGCUUGGGAAGUAAGCAUGAAAAAGGAAAUGACCUACAUGAGGUUGUGGAAGUUCCCAACUGUGGGCAUGCUGCCCAUUUGGAGAAUCCUCUUCCUAUCAUUGCUGCCAUGAGACAAUUCAUGACAAGAAUAUGAAAGUUACGUGCUAGUAUUCUUCAGUUGGAGGAUCAAAACAUGAUGCAAUAUAUUUUCUAGAUGCAACAUAUUAAUUGUAGGCUUAUUGCAAAUUCAGACAUUACUUCAAUUAUCAUGAACUUUCACUCGUGUGGCCAGAUGGGUGUCCUAAUGUAACACUACAUACAAAUACAUAUGCAAGUUUAUGGCUUAAUUUGAGUUUUAGUCACUAUACUUUGGAUCUUAUGCAAUUUUGGUCCCCCUAGAGAAUUUUAUUGUCAUUUAUGUCCAUAUGAGGGCACUUGUUGUAGUUGCGCAAAGUUGUGGGUGUAGGAAGUGUAUACCUGGCAUUAUUAUGUACUUUUGUUACGAUAUUUACCUUUUGGGAGGAGUACUACUGUGGGAAACCGAGUUAUGUUAGGAUUUCGUGAUUGUUAAAUGUAUAAUGACGAAAGAUUUCAUGAUUCGAGGGAUCCUAGAAUGGAAUAGGGAAUUAUUAUGUUUCCUUAAAUAGUUCAGGUCUGCUGGAUUUAUUUGUACAGUAUUCAAUGAAAUAUACAAGAAAAACACUUAACAUAGUGCUCAAUAGUUCAGAUCUGCUGGAUUUAUUUGUACAGUACUAUCAUAUAAUGGCAUAAUAUUAUAGUGCUUAAUAGGUUACAACCCUUCUAAAUUUCUUCUUGUCAUUCAACUAAUUACAUCAUAAAAGAACUGAAGGUCUACAUAGUGACCCUUAAAGACAAAUCACUAAACAUGUAACUAGUUGCAACAAUCUUAAGCUACUCCCUAAUUAGCUCAUCUCCUACUCCUUUGGUCCAUUUAGAUGAGAGUCAUUAUGUAUUCAUAACAUUGUCAAAAGACACAAAACAAAGAAGAGGGGUGACUACAAAUAUUCAUAAACAAUAAUACAAGAUAAUACAUAUGCUUAAAUGAACAAAACAUCAGUCAGGCAUCAAUAAUAUCAAGUAUUCCCAUACUUGUCCUUAAAUGAAUGAAACAAUAUUCAAGCAUCAAGCCAUAAUUAUUCAAUGUCUUUUGUUUUUGAAUUAUCCAUGGAGUAAUUAAUUAAUUAUCCAACAUUUUAUUUUCAGGUUGAGAUUGAGAGUUCCGUGUCUGCAAUUCGGCUGGUGUCAUAGGUACAUCUUUUCUUUUUACUGGAGAUAAAACAUAAGUGCACAAUUCUUAUUUUAUGAUCACUACUAGCAGCCCACACUCAAACCAAUUUUGGUAUGCUCUAGUGUUUGUCAAGAUAGGCCAGCAAAGUUCCCACUGCCUACGACACAAGUUAGCUAGACUUGGUCUCCUGUAAGUCUUGGGCAUUCUCCUAUCCCCUAUGGUAAGACCAACACUAUUUGCUCCUCGCCUGUACCGUGGCAUAUUCAACCUCUU